AUGGGGACGGAGGAAUGGGAGCGAGCAUUGGCCGAUUUCGCACGCCGAUAUGAGAAAGGUCAAGUGGGGAGCAAGAAUAAAGAAGAACUCAUCCGGCACCUGACGAUAAAACGGGACAGGAGACUGGAAACUUUGCAACAGCAACGCAAGGAACGUGAACGACUGCAGACCGCAGAACUGGUCGACCGGCAAGCCAAAGAGAUGCUCGAGCUGUUCAAGCAGGCGCGAGUAGAAUGUGAGGACGAUUCAUCAAACAGUGGGCCACCGUCAUAUCCUACAACACCGCCGCCGCCACAGCCGCCAAUGUGUAGCAAGCGGGACAUCUACACCAAUACAUCAGUAUUCGAAGCUAUUGAUGAGGUGGCAAUUAGCAUGGCACAAUCCGAGGUUACGACAUUCACCGAACUGAUCAGGUCUUUGACGGAUAAUGCGCGGAACGAUAUCGAAAAAGCCAGGUGA